AGAUUUCCACGACGGCUUCUGCAUUCGAACUAUAGCUGACAGGUUCGGGUGUAGAGCGUUGAUAGGACGUUCUGGAAUGGCAUUCGCGAGUAUCGCACUCCUGAGCGCCAGCUACCCUAUAUAACUAAGCGGGCUUUUUGCUGACUGGAUCCCCCUUCUUGGAGCAGCGGUCUGGGCGCCACAGGACCACAUACUUCCCUCUAUUAUCAAUGUGUUUCCCGUCCAAAAAGCAGGGAAGGGUCCUCGCGGACGAAGAGCCUGCACAAUCAAAGUCCGCUCCAACCACCGCCGGUACAUCUAACGCUGCAGGGUCCUCAUCUGCUCCUCCAGCUUCGACCUCUCAACCCACUCCAUCUGUUCAGCCUCACACAGCUAUCGAGUCUACCAUGUCGUCUCCCAAAGUCGCGAUCGUCAUUUAUACUCUCUACGGCCACAUCGCAAAGCUCGCAGAGGCCAUCAAGGGCGGUAUCGAGUCGGCCGGUGGACAAGCUACUAUCUACCAGAUCGCUGAAACCCUUCCUGAGGAAGUCUUGAAGAAGAUGUAUGCGCCUGCCAAGCCUGACUAUCCCAUCCUCGCCCCUGCCGACCUUGUCAAGUUCGAUGCUUUCUUGUUCGGCGUGCCCACUCGGUACGGCAAUUUCCCUGCUCAAUGGAAGGCCUUCUGGGAUGCGACUGGUCAGUUGUGGGCGUCAGGCGGACUCUACGGCAAAUCUGCCGGCCUCUUUAUCUCUACCGCCGGCCUUGGCGGAGGGCAAGAGUCCACCGCCAUCGCUGCGAUGUCGACCCUCGCCCAUCAUGGAAUAUCGUUUGUGCCUCUCGGCUAUAAGCACGCUUUCGCGCAGCUUACCAGCUUGAGCGAGGCCCACGGCGGCUCUCCUUGGGGUGCUGGUACUCUCGCGGGUGGCGAUGGGUCACGCCAGCCUUCUGCGCUUGAGUUGGAGAUCGCGACAAUUCAGGGCAAGAGUUUCUGGGAGCAGGUCUCGCGCAUCAAGUUUUAAACGCGUCGUAUACUGAGGUGAGAGUAAAGGGAACGGACCCCACGUAUGGCAUGUUGAGUUUUUGGUCGACCGUGUAUGUAAAGUAGUCUGAGAAAUAUGUUUCGUUGCUGUGAGGUUUA